UAGUCAGUGAUAAGUUGGUAGUUGAGAUAUAAGUUCGCUACAUUGAUAUCAUUAUACAAAACGGGGAACAUUCUUGAGCACGAAAGAAGUUUGGACGAGGAAAACAGAAGGAAUUAAUUCUCGUACUCGUAAGCAAACAUGUUUAAACUGCUGGCAGUGUGCUUAUUCGCCUUUGCAAUUGCAAAAUGGAAACAAAAUGUACAAGCAACAGGAGAUCUGAAUGCAGAAGAAAUGCACCUACUCGAUAUGACAGAGGAAGGAGUAAAACAGGUCAAUAGUGAUUCUGAUUACUGUUCUGCUGGUGGAUUUGGUGUUGAUGAAAGGCAGGCAUGCUGCGAACAAAGGUGCAGAGACAUGGACUGUGUUACAAGAUGCCUCUUGGAUCAAGAUAAGAGACUAGCUACAGGUAUCCAAAUAUUUAGUUAUAAUGGAAAUGGUACAGAGAAGAGAGGAUCUGUAGGAUAUAUGACAUCGGUAAGGACUAUGAGUAUUGGUCGGAGAAGUUCAUACCUUUGUUCAAAGAGAAGAUCACACUCCCGAAAUGCUGCACGUUUAUCACGACAUAGCCGUGUCGAGAAAUUUUGAGUUUAUUGUACAUGACUUGAAAUUUGAAAGAGAAUGUUUUUUGAGUGACCGAUAGAUAAUUCAUGUAAUUAUAUUCUAGUAGAGCCUUUUCUUUGCCCCCUCUCUUCCAUUCACACUCUCAGCGCAUACUAUUUAAACGUAAAAUAGUGCUCUUAGUCUGUAUGUGCAAAAUUGCGUAUUACAAAUUGUAUAUAGAGAUUGUAAUCGUUUAAUUGGCCAUAUUUUUCAAAACCAUUCCAUUUUCUUUGUUUAUCAAGAGAAUUGCCUAACACCUAAAUACAUUCUAUGAAAGGUAGUUCUUUUUAUGUAGUACUAUGAUUUAACUUAAAUUAUAUCAGAACUUACUUCACCUUGUGUAUCAUAAAUACUAUUGACACUUUGAAUUAUUUCUUUUUGAUAUAUCAGUUAUUGCUCUUAUAAUUGUAUGCAAGUUUUUAAACAGAUUUUGUUUCAUUUUACUUUGUGAUAUUGACAUACGUCUCGACUAAAGAUUAUAAGAACUCUCUAUUGUUGUACAUUAGAAAACGUGAUGUUUCCAAUUUUGCACUUAUAAGUGUAAUUUAUUAGAUUCUGUCAAAUAAAUAUAUGGAUGCUA